AUGGAUCCUUUGCCUCCAAAUAACAAGAUAUUUUCUAUGGUUACCCAAUAUGAACAACAUCUUCAGCGGCAUAUACCUAAUGAUGAAUAUCAAUCAUUGAUAAAUGUUAUUGAUUCCAAGAAGUUUGGAUCAAGAUCCAAUACAUUUAAACAUGGAGCUCAUGUGUACACAUUCUGUGGUAAAACCAACCACACAGUGGAAAACUGCUUCAAGAAGCAUGGUGUUCCACAUCAUAUGCGAAAGAAAUUUCAAAAUGCAGCAAAUAAUGUUACAUCCGAUGGAAAUGAUAAUGAAUAUAUCCCUAAUAGUGUUAACAUCAAAGGUGACACGUCACCUAUGACUCAAGGUCAAUUUAGUGUUCUAAUGGCGCUACUUCAAAAAUCCAGCAUUGUCCAAGUCUCGGGACAUGCUUCUUCUAAUUAG